CAGCGCUGGUGGCCCCUCAGCAGUGGGAGGCUGCAGCCUCAGAGGUGUGGAAGGCGGCCCUGAGGAGGCAGGCCGGCUGGGACAUGAAGCCGGCAGAGUGUGGGCAGCCUGCUUCUCAGCACGUCUUACCCUGAGGCCACUCCAAGGCAGCUCACGCCCGGGGAAAGUCACCAUGCUGUCGUGGGUGCCACGGGUCCUGCUGGCCUUGCUUCUGCCCACACUCCUGGCACAUGGACAAGCCAGGCACAGGGAGCACCCCCAGGCUCAGAACACCUCUAGGCCCGCUCUGCUGAGGCUGUCAGAUUACCUCCUGGCCAACUACCAGAAGGGCGUGCGGCCUGUGCGGGACUGGAGGAAGCCAACCACCGUGUCCAUCGAUGUCAUUGUCUAUGCCAUCCUCAGCGUGGAUGAAAAGAACCAGGUCCUGACCACCUACAUCUGGUACCGGCAGUACUGGACAGAUGAGUUUCUCCAGUGGAACCCUGAGGACUUCGACAACAUCACCAAGCUGUCCCUCCCCACUGAGAGCAUCUGGGUCCCAGACAUUCUCAUAAACGAGUUUGUGGACGUGGGGAAGUCUCCAAGUAUCCCGUACGUGUAUGUCGGGCACCAUGGCGAGGUCCAGAACUACAAGCCCCUCCAGGUGGUGACCGCCUGUAGCCUGGACAUUUACAACUUCCCCUUCGACGUGCAGAACUGCUCGUUGACGUUCACCAGCUGGCUGCACACCAUCCAGGACAUCAACAUCUCCCUGUGGCGCUUGCCAGAAAAGGUGAAGCUUGACAAGACUAUCUUCAUGAACCAGGGCGAGUGGGAGCUCCUGGGGGUGCUGACCCAGUUUCGCGAGUUCAGCAUGGAAAGCAGUGGCUGUUACGCAGAGAUGAAGUUCUUCGUGGUCAUCCGCCGGAGGCCCCUGUUCUACACAGUCAGCCUGCUGCUGCCCAGCAUCUUCCUCAUGUUCAUGGACAUCGUGGGCUUCUACCUGCCUCCAGACAGUGGCGAGAGGGUCUCCUUUAAGAUCACACUCCUCCUGGGCUAUUCUGUCUUCCUGAUCAUCGUGUCGGACACACUGCCGGCCACAGCCAUUGGCACUCCCCUCAUUGGUGUCUACUUCGUCGUGUGCAUGGCGCUGCUGGUGGUGAGCUUGGCUGAGACCAUCCUCAUCGUGCGGCUGGUACACAAGCAAGACCUGCAGCAGCCCGUACCCGCCUGGCUGCGGCACCUGGUCCUGGAGCGGGUGGCCCUGCUCCUUUGCCUAGGGGAGCAAACAGCUUCCCGACGGCCCCCGGCCACCCCCCAAGCCUCCAAGACCGAUGACUGCUCAGAUGUGGGGAACCACUGCAGCCAUUUGAGAGGACCCCAGGACUUGGAGAAUACCCCAAGGGGCCGAGGCAGCCCCCCACCACCACCGCAGGAGGCCUCCCUGGCAGUGUGCGGGCUGCUGCAGGAGCUGUCCUCCAUCAGGCAUUUCCUGGAGAAGAGGGACGAGAGCCGAGAGGUGGCCCGGGAAUGGCUGCAUGUGGGCUCCGUGCUGGACGGGCUGCUCUUCCGCAUCUACCUGGUGGCAGUGCUGGCCUACAGCAUCACCCUGGUUACUCUGUGGUCCAUCUGGCAGUAUUCUUGAGUAGGCACAGCCCAGUUGGGGUGUUUUGAGGGAGGGGUAGUAAGGCACUGGUUAGAAUGGGGAUUGAGGAUUUCAGGGCCCAGCAGAUGCCAGGGAUGUUUUCAAGACCCUGUCCAAUGCCAGUAAUUCUGAAGCAGGGCCUUAACUCUUCCCAAAAAGCUUGAUGUUCAAGACGCUUGUACCCCACCCCACCCCCCACCCAACUUAUCAUGGCUUUAAAACAUGCUGUCUUUGAUCUAGAAAAACCCAUGCAUUCCCUAACUUCAUUCUAUUUAUCUGUGUAUCAAGCCUUGAUUUCCCCAUUGUCACUUCCCUGAAUAAGGCACUUUGAAUUUCUGCUCCUCCCCCUUUAGCCUUGUUUUUAGAUACAAAGCAAACCAACUCUCUACUGCACAUGGCUGGUAACACUGCAUUAGGUUUAUUCAACCGUAAUGUUCUCCUUCUUCACCUCACCUGUAGCCACUUCCCUGAACACUCAUGUUCCAUUGGAUGAUGGUGGGGUAGGGGGCGGGUGGGGGUAAUAAAAUACAAUGAAG